CCGCGGGAACUACCUUUUUGGCGCCAUGGCGCAAAGUCGUGUUACCGAUUUCUAUGCGUGCCGUCGCCCGAGCCUUACGACUCCGCGGGCCAAGUCGAUCUGUCUCACCCCGAGCUCUGGUGGCCUCGUGGCUCCUGCGUUCACCCGGAGCGGCAGCCGCAAGCGCGCCCGGCCCCCCGCCGAACCCGGGAGUGACCAGCCCGCGCCGGCCGCGCGCCGGAGGCUACGGCUGCCUGGAUCGGACUCCUCCUGCCCCAGUUCCCCAGCUGAGCCCAGCUCCCCAGCUGAGCCCAACCCUCCAGCUGAGCCCGGCUCCCCUGCUUGCCCAUCCCCCGUCAAGCGAACAAAGAGUGCCACUGUUUCUGUCGGUCAGCAGCGGGGCAAGGUCCCAUCAGAGGACUCUGUCUCCGAGCUCCAGAACUGCCUGAGGCGGGUACGGAAGUUGGGAGCCCAGGCACGGGCCCUGAGAGCCCGAGUACAAGAGAAUGCUGUGGAGCCUAGUACCCCAGAUGCCAAGGUGCCCACGGAGCAACCAUGUGUCGAGAAAGCUCCUGCCUACCAGCGCUUCCAUGCCCUGGCCCAGCCUGGUCUCCCAGGCCUUGUCCUACCGUACAAGUAUCAGGUACUGGCCGAGAUGUUCCGCAGCAUGGACACCAUCGUCAGCAUACUUCAUAAUCGCUCUGAGACUGUGACCUUUGCCAAAGUCAAGCAAGGUGUUCAGGAGAUGAUGCGCAAGCGCUUUGAAGAGCGCAAUGUGGGCCAGAUCAAAACGGUGUAUCCUGCCUCGUAUUGCUUCCGCCAGGAGUGCAAUGUCCCCACCUUCAAGGACAGCGUCAAGAGAUCCGAUUACCAGCUCACCAUUGAGCCCUUGCUGGGCCAGGAGGUUGGUGGACCUACCCAGCUCACAGCCACGUGCCUCCUGCAGCGUCGGCAAGUCUUCCGGCAGAACCUGGUGGAACGCGUCAAGGAGCACCACAAGGCCUUCCUGGCUUCACUGAACCCCCCCAUGGAGGUGCCAGAAGAGCAGCUGACCCGCUGGCACCCGCGCUUCAAUGUGGAUGAGGUGCCUGACAUCGAGCCAGCUGAACUGCCCCAGCCUCCUGUCACAGAGAAGCUCACCACUGCCCAGGAAGUGUUGGCCCGUGCCCGGAGCUUGAUGACACCCAGGAUGGAGAAGGCCCUGAGUAACCUGGCCCUGCGCUCGGCCGAGCCCGGUAGCCCGGGGACCUCUACCCCAGCACUCCCGGUCACUCCGCCAGCCACCCCACCUGCUGCCUCUCCGAGCGCCCUGAAGGGUGUGUCCCAAGCACUGCUGGAGCGGAUAAGGGCCAAGGAGGUCCAGAAGCAGCUGGCAAGGAUGACGCGGUGCCCCGAGCAGGAGCUUCGGCUGCAGCGGUUAGAGCGUCUGCCAGAGCUAGCCCGCGUGCUGCGCAGUGUCUUCGUGUCUGAGCGGAAGCCGGCACUCACUAUGGAGGUGGUCUGUGCAAGGAUGGUGGAGAGUUGCCAAACUGCCCUGAGCCCAGGGGAGAUGGAGAAACACCUGCUGCUCCUGGCCGAGUUGCUGCCGGACUGGCUCAGCCUGCAUCACAUCCGCACAGAUACCUACGUCAAGCUGGACAAGGCUGCCGACCUGGCUGGCCUCGCUGCGAGGCUGACCCACCACGUCCACGCCGCGGGGCUGUGACUUUGAAUUCCUUGCCGGAUGGCCUGUUUCUUUCAUUAGUACUCAACGCACUUAAGCCUUUAAGCCUUGCCAGUGUGGGCAGCUAUCGUGCCCAUGGAUCUCAAAGCGCUGGCGUUAAGUUGGUUCCUGAGGCUUUGGGGUAUCCCAGACUCAGCUCUCGGGGAAGUAGGCUCUGGAGAGUAGGGUAUGUUGGAUGGCCAUUGCGCAAACUACUCAAGCAUUAGGUAUGGUCAAGACCCAAGAUCAAGGGCCAGGUGGAAGCCUAGGCAGGC